GGAACUCACUGCAGGUCUCUGGCUGGCUCAGCCCUUCUGUCAUCGAUUGCUUUGGGAAGCGGAUGAAGGGGAGACCCUGGCACCUCCACCUGGAGGCUCAUCUAAGAGGGUGGGGCCAAAGGUGGGAGGGACAAACGAGGCAGAUCAUUAAUCAGCUGGGAGCCCUGGGAGGUGACAUGGUCAGCUCCGUUGGUCCCCAACCCAGUCAGGCCAGGUUGUCCCUGGUGAGGAGGCUGCCUUGCUGUGCCUCCCCUGCAGCCAGCCCUCGGCUGUUCCUGCUGUCCCCUCAGCCUGGCCCUGCUUCCCCUCUGAUCCUUUCAGGAUGGCGGAGGCCAACCUGAGGGGCUGGCUGCUCUGGGUCCUGCUCCUGCACUUGGCCCAGGGUGAGCUGUACACGCCCAUUCACCAGCCUGGCUACUGCGCCUUCUAUGAUGAGUGCGGGAAGAACCCAGAACUGUCCGGAGGCCUGGGUACGCUGUCCAAUGUGUCCUGUCUGUCCAACACGCCUGCCCGCCAAGUCACAGGCGACCACCUGACCCUCCUACAGCACAUCUGCCCCCGCCUCUACACUGGCCCUAGCUCCACCUACGCCUGCUGUUCCCUCCAGCAGCUGGUGUCCCUGGAGGCCAGCCUGGCGGUCACCAAGGCCCUCUUGACCCGCUGCCCGGCUUGCUCUGACAACUUCGUGAACUUGCACUGCCACAACACCUGUAGCCCUAACCAGAGCCUCUUCAUUAACGUGACCCGCGUGGCCGGGCAGGGGGGCAGCCAGCCCCGGGCUGUGGUGGCCUAUGAGGCCUCCUACCAGCGCAGCUUUGCUGAGCAGACCUACGACUCCUGCAGCCGGGUGCGUGUCCCCGCUGCCGCCACACUGGCCGUGAGUACCAUGUGUGGCGUCUACGGCUCUGCCCUCUGCAAUGCCCAGCGCUGGCUCAAUUUCCAGGGGGACACAGGGAAUGGCCUGGCACCCCUGGACAUCACCUUCCACCUGUGGGAGCCCGGCCAGACCCCAGGGAGCGGGAUGCAGCCUCUGAAUGGGGAGACUGCACAUUGCAAUGAGUCUCAAGGGGACGGCACGGCGGCCUGCUCCUGCCAGGACUGUGCUGCUUCCUGCCCGGUCAUUGCACAGCCCCAGGCCCUGGACACCACUUUCCGCCUGGGCCGGAUGGCGGGUUGGCUGGCCGUCGUCAUCAUCCUCUGCUCACUCUUCGCUGUGCUGACUGCCUUCCUCGUGCGGCCCCGCCUGGCCUCCUGCGGGGGCAAGGGCAGGACGCUGGACCCCAAGGUGGGCACCAGCCUCUUCGACAGGCUCAGCCUCUCCACCCACACCUUGCUUAGUCAGUGCUUCCAGGGCUGGGGCACAUGGGUGGCCUCGUGGCCGGUGACCAUCCUGGUGGUGUCUGUCGCUGUGGUGGUGGCCUUGGCAAGUGGCCUGGGCUUUAUGGAACUGACCAUGGACCCCGUGGAGCUGUGGUCGGCCCCCAACAGCCAAGCCCGGAGCGAGAAGGCAUUCCAUGACCAGCAUUUUGGCCCCUUCUUCCGAACCAACCAGGUGAUCUUGACAGCUCCUAACCGGCCCAGCUACCAGUAUGACUCCCUGCUGCUGGGGCCCAAGAACUUCAGUGGGGUCCUGGCUCCUGACCUGCUGCUGGAGCUGCUGGAGUUGCAGGAGAAGCUGCGGCACCUCCAGGUGUGGUCGCCGGAGGAGCAGCGCAAUGUGUCACUGCAGGACAUCUGCUACGCCCCCCUCAACCCGCACAACACCAGUCUCUCUGACUGCUGCGUCAACAGCCUCCUACAGUAUUUCCAGAACAACCGGACGCGCCUGCUGCUCACGGCCAACCAGACGCUGGCCGGGCAGACCUCCCUGGUGGACUGGAGGGACCACUUUCUCUACUGUGCCAAUGCCCCACUCACCUUUAAAGAUGGCACAGCCCUGGCACUGAGCUGCAUGGCUGACUAUGGGGCCCCCGUCUUCCCUUUCCUCGCCAUAGGGGGCUACAAAGGGAAGGACUAUUCUGAGGCUGAUGCCCUGAUAAUGACCUUCUCCCUCAACAAUUACCCUUCUGGGGACCCCCGGCUGGCCCAGGCUAAGCUCUGGGAGUGGGGCUUCUUAGAGGAGAUGCGAGCCUUCCAGCGUCGGACAGCCGGCAUGUUCCAGGUCACAUUCAUGGCAGAGCGCUCCCUGGAGGAUGAGAUCAACCGCACCACAUUCCAGGACCUGCCCAUCUUUGCUGUCAGCUACAUAGUCAUCUUCCUGUACAUCUCCCUGGCCCUGGGCAGCUACUCCAGCUGGCGCCGAGUGCGGGUGGACUCCAAGGCCACACUGGGCCUGGGCGGAGUGGCUGUGGUGCUGGGAGCGGUUGUGGCUGCCAUGGGCUUCUUCUCCUACCUGGACAUCCCCUCCUCGCUGGUGAUCCUUCAAGUGGUGCCUUUCCUGGUGCUCGCCGUAGGGGCUGACAACAUCUUCAUCUUUGUUCUUGAGUACCAGAGACUGCCCCGGAGGGCCGGGGAGAAACGGGAGGCCCACAUUGGCCGAGCCCUGGGCAGGGUGGGCCCGAGCAUGCUGCUGUGCAGCCUCUCUGAGGCCAUCUGCUUCUUCCUAGGGGCCUUGACCUCCAUGCCGGCUGUGCGAACCUUUGCCUUGACCUCCGGUUUCGCGGUGAUCCUUGACUUUCUGCUGCAGAUGUCAGCUUUUGUGGCCCUGCUUUCUCUCGACUGCAGGAGGCAGGAGGCCUUGCGGCUGGACUUCUGCUGCUGCUGCAGCGCCGGGGAGCUGCCCCCGCCGGCCCAGAGCGAGGGGCUCCUGCUCCGGUCCUUCCGAAAGUUCUACGCCCCGCUGCUGCUGCACCCGGUUACCCGCGCCGUCGUGCUGCUCGGGUUCCUGGCCCUGUUUGGAGGGUGUCUCUAUCUCGCGAGCCACAUCAGCGUGGGGCUGGACCAGGAGCUGGCCCUGCCCAAGGACUCGUACCUGCUUGACUAUUUCCUCUUUCUGAACCGCUACUUUGAGGUGGGGGCCCCGGUCUACUUUGUCACCACUGGGGGCUAUAACUUCUCUAGUGAGGCGGGUAUGAAUGCCAUCUGCUCCAGUGCAGGCUGCGACAGCUACUCCUUAACCCAGAAGAUCCAGUACGCCACUGAGUUCCCCGAGCAGUCUUACCUGGCCAUCCCAGCUUCCUCCUGGGUGGACGACUUCAUUGACUGGCUGACCCCAUCCUCCUGUUGCCGCCUUUAUACCUCUGGCCCCAAUAAAGACGAGUUCUGCCCCUCAACUAUCAACGCUCUGGCCUGCCUGAAGUACUGUGUGAGCUUCACGCUGGGCCCCAUCCGGCCAUCGGUGGAGCAAUUCCACAAGUAUCUUCCUUGGUUCCUGAAUGACCCGCCCAACACCAACUGUCCCAAAGGUGGGCUGGCAGCAUACAGCACCUCUGUGGAUUUGGGCCCUGAGGGCCAGGUUUUAGCCUCUCGGUUCAUGGCCUACCACAAGCCCCUGAAGAACUCGCAGGACUACACGGAGGCUCUGCGGGCAGCUCGGGUGCUGGCGGCCAACAUCACUGCCGACCUGCGGAAGGUGCCGGGCACUGACCCGGCCUUUGAGGUCUUCCCCUACACGCUCACCAACGUGUUCUACGAGCAGUACCUGACUGUGAUCCCUGAGGGCCUCUUCAUGCUCAGCCUCUGCCUGGUGCCUACCUUCGCUGUCUGCUACCUCCUGCUGGGCAUGGACCUCCGCUCCAGCCUCCUCAACCUGUUCUCCAUUGUCAUGAUCCUUGUGGACACCGUGGGCUUCAUGGCCCUGUGGGGCAUCAGCUACAAUGCCGUGUCCCUCAUCAACCUGGUCACGGCGGUGGGCAUCUCUGUGGAGUUCGUGUCCCACAUCACCCGCUCCUUUGCCAUCAGCACCAAGCCCACCCGGCUGGAGAAGGCCAAGGAGGCCACCAUCUCCGUGGGCAGUGCGGUGUUUGCUGGAGUGGCCAUGACCAACCUACCGGGCAUCCUCGUCCUGGGCCUGGCCAGUGCGCAGCUCAUCCAAAUCUUCUUCUUCCGCCUCAACCUCCUCAUCACUCUGCUGGGCCUGCUGCACGGCCUGGUCUUCCUGCCGGUCAUCCUCAGCUACCUGGGGCCUGAGGUCAACCCAGCUCUGGUGCUGGAGCAGAAGCGGGCAGAGGAGGCAGCUGCGGCUAGGACAGCCUCCUGCCCCAAGCACCCCACCCCAACGGACAUGGUCAGCAGCAUCUAUGUCAACUAUGGCUUUGAACUUCCUGCCAAGAGUGCGGGCGGCAGCGGCUUUCUGCCCCACAGUGGGCAGGAAUUCUGAUGGAGACAGAGCCUCAUCUGGGCUCACUGGCCCUGACCCGAGGGCUCAUGGGAGUUCCCCUGUGGGGUUCCUUGACCCAUCUUCCCCCUCAGGGCUUGGGAGAGGCUGUCCCCAUGGGAAUACCCACGACAGGACACCCUCUGGCCGCCAGGUGCCUGAUGGGCCCUCUGCCUCGACAGCAGGUCCUUGAUUUCCAAGUUAUUCAAGCCUCAGUCAGCACGUGAUUGCCUCCGCCUUUGGGGUACCUGGGUCUUGGAGCUUCCAGGAUUAGACACACUCUCCCAGAUUUGUUCUAGACUCAGAACUCUUCUAUAGCUGCCUACUUCUUAUCCAACUUUUCCCCUCUUUUAAUUAUUCCGGCAAAAAAGUUCCAAUUUAGUGUCAGUAAGUCUUUAACACUCUUCAGUAUCCCUGAGAACAGAGAGCAUGAUCCCCACUCCAGGCUACAGACACCACACGAGGCCAGGGAGAGGCAUGGCAGCUGCCUAAGAAGCUCCCCAAGCCAUGGUUCCUGCUAGGGAAGAGCCAGGGAGAACGUUCUUGAAAACACUCUGGUCAGAGAUGGACCCCACCCGGAAAAUGGCAUUCAGUUUGACCUCCGUGUCCAAUGAUUAUUAAGGCUAUUGCCACCAGUAUAGAGGCUGCCCGCGUCUGCAAGGCUGUGAGCUCCUGGAGAUGGGCUGGCCCUGCCACCUCUGUCCCACACCUGGAGCACCCUGCUAGGGCCUCAAACUAGCUCCACCUGAGACCCCACGGAGAAGCAGAGGGAUGCGCCUUGCUCAGUGCUGUGCACACAGGUGCUUAGUAAAUGUCUGUUGAACA